GUGUGCGGCAAGGAUACGUAUGUCGUAUUCAAAAGUUCGCAAUACAAAAGAAUCCUCUAUCAGCAUCUUGAAUUAAAACAAAAGCAGACCCCCACUGGUCAAAUCCAAAUCUUGGCUGUGCAGAGGGAGAACGGCAGAAUGACCGACACGGAGAAAACCACCGAUGUUGCAGAAGUUGAGACCAAGUCCAACGGAGCAGAGCUGAGCGAAGUAGAAACGAUGGAUAUUUCUGUGGAUGCCAGAGUCUUGCCCACCAAGCUGACUUACAACUGUUGCGCCUGUGAUCAAUUCUGUACAAGCAAGGAGUCUUAUGAGGUACACGUCACUACUGAUGCUCAUAAGGCAAAAGAAGAAGAGAGAAUAAAGGAAGAAAAGAAAACGGAGGAAGAAUUGAGGUUGAGGAACGAAAGACGCUUACGUCAACAAAAUCGUAGGAGUCGCCUGAGAAUUGUGUUGGCUAAAGUCAACCCGAUGGGAAUCCCCGGUUUUCAAUACAAUUGCACGAUCUGUGACUUUCACUGCAAGUUUGUUGCCGAACUGAAAGAGCACUUCAUUGGACAGGCCCACUCCCAGAAUCAAUUGCAACAGGCAGGCUACAAGGAGGUCAGUUUUGAAGAUAGCUAUGCUGAAGAGAAGGAACACAAGGAUAACGUGCCAUUGAUAGGUUUAUGUUACAUCCGAGAGCACAUAAUUCGCGAUCGUUACCUGAGGUCUGCAGAGACUAAGAAGGAAGAGAAGAAGGAUGAGGUCAAGGCCACGACUGUAGCAAAGGAGGACGGAGAUGGAGAGAAAGAGGCAGACGGCGAGAAGGAAAAGGAGGAAGAAAAAGGAGAAGCAGAAGGUAAAGAAGAAGCAGAAGUUGUGGAGGAAGAAAAGAUGGAGGACGAAACCAAAGGAAUUGAUGCGGAAGCUAAGGAAAAGACGGCGACAGCUGGUGAAAAAGUUAAGGAAGUGGUACAGAUGUUAAAUGAGAAGGGGAAGGGAGAGAUCCUUAUUCUAUCGUAUCGUUGCUACCUCUGUAAAUGCAGUGUCCCUAGGAACGAGGUCGUUUCCCACUGUGGAAGCCCACAUCAUUACAAGACAUACCUGAAACGGCAUGAAAAGGAAAAGUUAGAUGCGCUGAAGCUGGACAUCAACGAACAGUCUGCGACAGCCGUCGAAGAAAAGGAUAAGGCCUACACCACCUUAGCUGAGGAGGUGAUUGCUGAGAAAGGCCUGCAGAAGAUUAAGAGAGUAGAAACAACUAUUCCCAAAGCUACUCUCGGUGUCCGUUAUUCACUUGGAGUAAAAGUCCCAUUGGUUGAGAAGGUCAUCCAGUUGGAAUUGGAGAAAAAGGCACGUGGUAUGAUGCCGAACAGGGAUGGGCCUACAGGACCCCCCAGCAUGAUGAUGGGACCCCCUGGUAGAAUGGGCCCACCUGGCCCUGGAGGGAGCAGUGGACCAAUGAUGAGGGGACCAAGAGGUGGACCUGGAAGAGGUAGGAUGGGACCGCCUGGUCCUGGAGCUAUGGGCCCUCGAGGACCGAUGAGAGGAAUGUAUGGACCUGACGGUAUGGGACCUGGGGGACCAAGGAGACCUAUGUCUGGACCUGGAGAUUUGGGUCCUGGCGGACCAAUGAUGAGAGGAAUGUCUGGACCACCUGAAGCCAUGGGACCUGGGAGACAGAGGAGACCAAUGUCUGGACCUGGAGCUAUGGGCCCUGGAGGACCGAGGAGAGGUAUGUCUGAAGAACCUGGACCUGGCGCUAUGGGCCCUGGAGGACCGAGGAGAAGAAUGCCUGGACCUGACGCUAUGGGCCCUGGAGGACCGAGGAGAGGAAUGUCUGAACCUGACGCUAUGGGCCCUGGAGGACCGAGGAGAGGAAUGUCUGGACCUGACGCCAUGGGGCCUGGUGGACCCAGGAGAGGAAUGUCUGGACCACCUGGACCUGAGGCUAUGGGCCCUGGAGGACCGAUGAGAAAAAUGUCUGCACCACCCCGGGUUCAAGAGCAGAAGAUGAUCAACCAACAGCGAGAGGAAGAGAUGAUUGAGCAGACUUUGAUGGUAAAAGAGGAGCGUGACCGUUUGAUGAAGGAAGAACGCCUGCUGCAGGAACAGCGGAAAAUGCUUCAGGAAAUGAGGGUGCGGGAGGAGCGUAUGAUUCGGGAGAAACGUCUGCUGCAGGAAGAGAUGAUGAAGCACGAAGAACGUAAGCGCGAACUGAAGGCUUUGAAGAUGCGUGAAGAAGAGAUGCUCGAUGAGUACAGAACAAGGGGCAUGAGUGGAAAGGGUGGUGGGAAAAGCUCUGGUUACAACCAAGGGAUGGGAAGUCAAGGUCAGCGCCAGGGGCAAGGACAGAGAGGUCGAGGUCGAGGUCGUGGAGGCCAAGGUUGGGGUCAAGGACAGCGUGGAAACCAAGGUCAGGGAGAUGGAUUUCAUCCAAACCAGCAAGGACAGUGGGGUGGUCAAGGUAACCAGCAACAGAAGACUCAGAAGAGACAAUCUCAGGCAAAAGAAAACCCCUACGAUGAAGUCAGGUCCAAAAUGAAAAAGAUGAUGGCUUCAACAGAAACGAGUGCCGAGUCAACCUAUCCUCACACUGCUUGGCAGAAUGCGUCUUCAACCGGAUCCAGUGGUGGAAGGGGCGGUGGAGGCAAGAGAGGUGGAAAGGCUACACAAGUGCAGACCACACAAGUCUCAAGCUAUCCCAACACUGCUUGGCAAAAUACGGCUUCAACCAAAUCAAGUGCAGGACUUGGUCGUGGAGCCCAGGUUGCCCAAGCACAGGACUCGCAAGUCCCAACCUAUCCUAAGACUGCUUGGCAAAAUGCGUCAUCUAGUUCUGGAGUCGGUCGUGGAGUCAAGGUUAACCAAGCGCAGGAAUCAGCAGGGUCAGGCUAUCCUAACACUAGUUGGCAGAGUACGUUAUCUAGUGCUGGAGUCGGUCGUGGAGCCAAGAUUAACCAAGUGCAGGAAACAGCAGGGUCGGGCUAUCCUAACACUGGUUGGCAAAGUACAUCAUCUACUGCUGGAGUUGGUCAUGGAGCCAAGAGCCACCAAGCGCAGGAAUCGGCAGGGUCAGGCUAUCCUAACACUGAUUGGCAAAAUGCGGCAACAGAAACAAGUGGUGGAAGGGGUCGUGGGGUGGGCAAGGUUAACCAAGUGCAGGCUGCACCAGUCCCAAGUUAUCCUGCCACCGCUUGGCAAAAUACGACAAACGCUUCUGCUCAGUACGGCACAGCUAGUGCCACCUAUGGGUAUGAGUAUGACCAAGGAUCAUCAACGCAGUACACCUCCGAAACAGACCAAACGCUCUCUCAGCAGAUGGGACUGAAUCAAAACUACCCCCAAACUGAUUGGUCAUCUAAUGCCUACUUUUGAACAAAUCCACAAAGACUUCUUGAUUCUGGAGGAUUAUUUCAACAUUUACAUGUACAUGUACAUGUAACUGGGUCUUAGGACGAAAUGUACAUCGGUUCAUCGCCUUGGUUUUUGUCAUUGCGGGGCAAAAUUCCUCUGCACUUUGUUGUUACACAAAGAAUUUCUUUCUCAAUGGAUAUAAACCCUUUCUUCAGGAGGUAUAAGAGUGAAAUUUUCAGAUCAUACUUUGGAAGGAGUAAACAAUGCUGUUGUUGUUUGUGUUAUCAUUGAUGUCGUACAGAUCUUUGAAAUUCUUAUGGAAUCUUAUCCGAAUCUGCCCAAACACGAUCAUGAAUGGUUGAGUAAAAUUUGUCACAUGACACAAUCAUGUUGUACCUCCGUGUUCAUUCAUUAUUUGUCAGUGUCACGUCUGGCCGAUACUUGAGUUAUAUGUAAAAUUGAUGUCUCAAACUUUGCACUGAUGUUGUUCACCGUCUGCUUACCAAUGAGGUAGUGGACCAUGGGACUCACUCAGUUUAAUUACUUUAGCUUGGCUACCGUGAAAAUAUACCGUUGUUUCCUGGUGAACUACAUGUAGUUUGGUGAACUGAAAGGUAGGUGUUGUAAUUUGUGACCCUCUCUGAGAAAACCCAGCUAAAGUUGCCUUGAACUUGGCAGGUUGACACAGACUUGAGUGUUCAUUUCCUUCUGUGGUCCUAUUGUGAAAUCGAAGUUGAUCAAUUUUGACUCGGAUUUCAUAAAAGGCCUACAAUAGAGAAAUAAAACAACAAGUCUGUUUCAUACUGCGAAGUUCACAGCGACUUUAGCUUGGUUUUCUCAGAGAGGGUCACAUUUAACUCCUGAGACGAGAGUUAUUUGAUUUUUCUGAUCAUUCAUGUACAUGUAGUACCAGCAAAAACAUUGUAGUAGUUUAGAGAAUAAAUUGUAUGAACUUUAA